GCUCACCCCCACUCUCACGGUCUCACCUCGCUCCUCUUCACUUCCUCCCUCGGCUUCGAGUUUUUUUCUUCCCUUUUUUCCAUUUCGAUUUCCUUCUUCGUCGAGUUUGGGUUGGAUUAAUCCCCGACCCAAACCCUAAUAAUCGAUCUCCCUGACCCGGGACGACGGCCCGGGGAUCGAUCGCCAUGCAGCAGAGGAUGAAGCAGGCGGCGGCGGUAGCGGCGCAGCAGCAGCAGCAGAUGAUGCAGCAGGCGCUACUCAUGCACCACCACCAGCAGCAGGCGGCGGCCGCGGCGGCCGCGGUGCCGCCCAUGUUCCCGCCGCACCACGCGCACCCGGGUCUCCUCGCCGCGCCGCAUAUAGAGCCCAUCGUUAGUGGGAACCUGCCUCCUGGGUUUGAUUCAAGCACGUGCCGCAGUGUGUAUGUUGGCAAUAUCCAUCUUCAAGUCACAGAUUCACUACUGCAUGAAGUUUUCCAGAGUAUUGGUCCAGUUGAAGGGUGUAAGCUCAUUAGGAAAGAAAAGUCAUCUUUUGGUUUUGUUGACUAUUAUGACCGUAGAUAUGCUGCAAUUGCUAUUGUGUCACUCAAUGGUAGACAACUGUUUGGCCAGCCAAUAAAAGUCAAUUGGGCAUACGCAAGUACCCAGAGAGAGGAUACAUCAGGUCAUUUUAACAUCUUUGUCGGGGAUCUUUGCCCGGAGGUUACGGAUGCUGCUUUGUUUGCUUUUUUCUCGGCAUAUUCUACCUGUUCAGAUGCUAGAGUUAUGUGGGAUCAGCAGACUGGACGAUCUAGAGGGUUUGGUUUCGUUUCUUUUAGGAAUCAGCAGGAUGCACAAACUGCCAUGAAUGAGUUGAAUGGAAAGUGGCUUGGCAACCGCCAAAUUCGUUGCAAUUGGGCGACGAAGGGCGCUAAUGCUGGUGAAGAGAAGCAAAGUACAGACUCCAAGGGUAUGGUGGAAUUGAUAAACGGCUCAUCAGAGGCUGGCAAGGAGAAUGCAAACGAAGAUGGUCCUGAAAAUAACCCACAGUAUACAACUGUUUAUGUUGGCAAUCUUCCCCAUGAUAUCAACAGCAAUGAUGUGCAUCGAUUUUUCCAUUUACUCGGGGCUGGCUCAAUUGAGGAGGUCCGUGUAACACGCGAUAAAGGAUUUGGCUUUGUGAGAUAUAGUACCCAUGAAGAAGCUGCACAAGCAAUACAGACGGGUAAUGGCCAACUUAUUGGCGGGAGGCAGAUCAAGUGCUCUUGGGGAAGCAAGCCAACUCCACCAGGGACAGCAUCUGCGCCUCUGCCUCCUCCGGCAUUAGCGCCAUACACCCCUGGCGUGUCAGCAGCUGACCUCAUCUCCUACGACCGAUCCCUUGCUCUGAGCAAGAUGGCUGCUGACCCGGCCCUGAUGGGUCAGCACGCCGCCCUGAGGCAGGCCGCGAUGGAUAUGGGCGCCGGCGCCCGCAAGGCCAUCUUUGACGGGGGCUUCCAGAGUGUCAACCCUCAGCAGCAGCAGCAGCAACAGCAGCAGCUCAUGUACUACUGAGUGUAUGAAGCAAGUAUGCUGGCGACGGAGGGGAUUACAACACCCUCCUUCCUAAUGUAUAUACAUAUAUGGUAGAUGAAGCCUCACCAGGGCCUUUUCUUUUGUUAUUACUAGUCCAACAUCGCAAUUAGUAAUCUACUAUCCUUCAGCUGUUAAUGCUCCGGGUCGCCGCUAUAUAUAGCACCAAUGUACUAGAACAUACGUAUCCCUGACGUGUUUUGGGCAAUUCUUAUUUUUAAUAACUACUCCCACUGAUCCAAAAUAAUUGUCAGUUUUGAACUAAGGUUAGUCCAACCUUAAUUCAAUACUGCAACACUUAUUAUGGAUAGAGCUAACCUUAAUUCAAAA